CCAUCUUCAGUCUUACUUGUGACCUCAGCCGCGCAGGCUGUAAGAGAAUGCAACAGUUCCAUUAUAUCGUUCUUUUAAAAUUUGUUUUGUUUUGUUGAAUUCUUUGUUGAAGUUAGUGAUUUAUUCUUGCGUUCAGCUCGUUUUUUGGAUACACUCAUUUAUCUCUGCGGAAGACUUACAGUUUCGGAUUUUACAAGAUGGUUUUCUACUACGAGAAGAUGCCGCAGACAGUUCCGAGCAACGACUUCAGUUGCUCGACGUUGGACUACUCGACGGACUUCCUGGCGGACAGCUUCGACUUGUCCCUGCUGCCCUCUAACCUGGACAGCCAGGUGCCGGGAAGCGGGCAGAACCUGGAGCAGAUCUUCUCCUUCUACUCGGAGAACAGCCCGCUCCCGAUGUUCCCCAACACGACGAUCGGGAAGGAGUCCGAUCUGCUCGGCAAAGGCCACGCCGGCGAGAUCACCUGCGACCUCGUUCUCUCCAUCAAGAAGGAGCCCUUCUCCGACGUCUGCGCUUCGCCCAUGAUGGGCUCCUACGUCUCCUCCCCGUCGCCCCCCUUCCAGGAGUGCCCUGCCUCCCCGGAGGCCGCCCCCCUCCUCCCCAACCUCAAGCAAGAGGCGGCGGUGAACAUCCAGGACAUCCUGGAAGAACUGCGACAGGCGCAGCGGCUGUACAUGCAGGACAAGCGGAAGGAAGUCUCGCUGGCAGUGGACAGGAGUCCGGAGUCCUCGGUGCCCGAGACGGUGCUCGAGAAGGAGAUGGAGCACAAAUCCGCGGUGAAACCCGAGGUCGACGACCAUCGCCUCCUGCGGGAGGUGCUCAAGGACACGAGCUUCCAGAAGAAGUACCACCUCCGACCCUUCGACAUGGGCGACUUGGGCACCGGCUUCCAGCCGGAGGCCAACGGUGCCGGGGCUCAGGUGCAGAAGCAGGAACCCGAAGAGGUGGAGAGCGCUCCCAAAGUGAAGAGCGAGCCUGAACAGCUGGCAAAGGACAACAUCUUCGGCGUGGAUCUGUCCCAGGAAGGGAUCGGCCCUGUCUUCUCGCUGGCCCUCGAGCAGCUCAAGAAGGACGUCCACAACACCAGCACAAUUCUGGGCAUAUCUCGAGAUCCAGUGCAAUGGUCAGAAGAGGAUGUCAAAUGCUGGGUUUUGUGGAAUUUAAGGCAGUACAACCAGCCGUUGAGCACGGCAGACUUUUUCAAAAUAAAAGGCUCUGAGCUGGUCACUCUAUCCGAGGAAAAGUUUCAAGAGAUAUCAUUUCAGAGCGGAAGUUUGCUGUAUGCACAACUGGAGAUCUGGAAAGCAGUGUGUCUGGAAGAUACUCAUUUGGAUGUGAGUAACCUGCUCUACGACUCACCUGCUUCGCAAUCAAACUCAUCAAGCAUCGAAAUGACAGAUGAGGAAGAAGAGGACGAGGAGAUGGUGCCGCUGGAGAGCCUGGCCUCACCACCGGCAGGCGCGGCCGGCGGCGGGAAGAUCAGCGGACGAGGCAGCGGCUCGCACAUCCACCUGUGGCAGUUCCUGAAGGAGCUCCUGGCGUCCCCGCAGGCCCACUGCUCCUGCAUCCGCUGGCUGGACCGGAGCAAAGGGGUCUUCAAGAUCGAGGACUCGGUCAAAGUGGCGCGCCUCUGGGGCAUGCGCAAGAACCGCCCGGCCAUGAACUACGACAAGCUCUCCCGCUCCAUCCGUCAGUACUACAAGAAGGGCAUCAUGAAGAAGACAGAGCGCUCCCAGAGGCUUGUCUAUCAGUUCUGCCACCCGUACUCCCUCUAAUCCCUCCCCCGCCUCGCGCUUCCGAGCUGUGUGUACAUAGUCCAGAUCCAGUAGAGUCAAACUCAUUUCCCCACCCCUUUCCCCUUCGGUGUUGCGGUGGUUGUCAACCGAUUGCGCAGUUAGCGGAUCGGUGCAGCCAUGCAGCGUGCCGGUAAUGGCAGCUGCACUGCAAUCCAAGAGCCCAGACUUGAGAUCCAAGAGCCGGUCCUUCUUGCAAUUUUAAUUGAUUUCGUGCGGACCGUACGUCAAAAUUUAUUUUUACCGCCGGCUGAAUAUCUCAACUCUGGACUCUUCCCCUAUUCCUCUUGUUUUGUCACGGAAAAGUCAUUUCCGAGUGGAUCGAGGAGUCCCCUCGGUGUAUCGAUGGGGUUUCCUUGUUCCGUCAAGUUUUACAUGUAUCGGGUGAGUGAGUGUGCGUGUGAAUGUUGGAGGGCACGAAUUCGAUGUUCUCUUGUUCUGCCUGGAAGUGCAAUUAAAAAUUAUGUUAUUUACUGGUUUAGUAAGCUAGAGAGUGGACUGCAGCGCGGGAGCUGUCGACUGGGGUAAUUAUUCUGGUCGAUACGGCAACCGUGCGGAAUGUGGACCCUCUUGUUUUAACGCUGAAAAAUUGGUAAUUUUUAUCCCAUAUAUCUAUGAUAUAUAUCAAGUAUGUUCUAUGAACGACUAUAUUUUCUCUUCAGUAAUCAGUUGUAAAUAUCAAAACUUAGUCUUUAAGAUUUUGCUUUUGUUAUUCUAUGUAAGUUCAGAUAACUAUUGCAGUCGUCUGAACGAUAUUCAUUUACUUCAAUGAUAUUAGAAGUAAGUAAAAUUGGAAAAAAGCAGACAGCUUUGAGCUUUGAAUAUGUAUCAAGUACAAUUAUGCGAUCCCAGUUAUAUUUUUAGUAUUAUAUAUAUAGACAUAGAGGUAAGCUACUCCUUCAGUGGAAGGAAUUUCCCCCCCAUUUAAACAUUUGGCAAAAGAUGUAUUCCUUUUUUAAAAAGGAAAACAGGUUUAGAUACUUGCCGACAAUGUCCUCCAUGUUUAAAUGAACAGGAUAUUUUUAUAAUGGUAGCGAUGCACUAAUUAAAAUCAGCUCUCAUACUGUGAGCACUCAUAAUCCUCAACACGAGAAAAAAACGCAAGAUACAAUCGUGCAUAAGAAUUCCUUCGUGCGCAAUGUUACGCAUGAUUGGAUUUUAUUUCCGCUCCUUAUUUAAUCUUGCGUACCUCUAACCUUAGCUUAUAUUUAGUUACCAAAGGAUAAAUUUUUAAUCAAUCUGCUUUUGAACUAACGUGGCCGUACUCAGAAUUCAAGGAAAAAAUGAUCUAACUGUAGAAUAAAAUUUGUAUGUAAUAUAUAAGGAACUGAAUAUUAUGUUUAUUAGAUUUAAUUUGUUAAACUGAGAAGAAAGUGCAAUUUUCAUUAUACAUUAUUAAUUUCUUAAAGUAA